CUUCCUCCUGGGUGGGAGAAAAGGAAGGACACAGGACCUGAAAAGAGCUUGGCAAGUUACCAAGAUCAACUAGGAAGUUGCAGGUUGUCGGGAUGUGGGCUCUGGGGGCUUCCUACCCUGGGAAUUACUUAUCUGAUGGCAUCUAGUCCUCUUUGUCUAGGAGGAAGCUGUCACUCCCUAGUGCUGGGUCUGCUGCUGUUCCUCCAGCUUGGCCAACAUGAAGGACAAAAUAAACAAAUCCCAGCGCAUCAGCCAUCCUUGAAAAGUACUGAUUGCUACGAAGAUCCUGGUCAGGUUGAAAGCAGAUUUGUGGUCCUCUACUGCCCGUUAAUUCAGGGAGGAUUGGAGAUGAGAGAAUGGGAUGCAGAUUGUCUCAAUGCUACAAAUCUACCUUCGGGAUGUCAAAGGGAUGAGUUCGAGGCGAACGUUUGUGGUUUCCUGCCUAACUGCUCCACCUCUACAAGCGCAAAGCUGAAUCCUGCAAAGGGUCUGAUUUCACCGGAGGAACUCAACUGUUCUGUAACUCUUAACUGGCAGUAUGUAAUCAACUGCUGUCAUGAAACCUCCAGAGAUCACUCUACAACGACCUCUAAAAGCAGCUGGACAAAUGCAUGCCUUGUCAUGACAAAGCUCUCCCCUGGGCAGGAAUAUAACAUGACAGUGUAUAGAGUCCUGAAUGGAAGUUGUAGUCAAGAAGCAUCCAUCAACGUAACUACUAGGCCUUCGUUAGUCCAGAACCUCACAAUAGAAAACCGCACAGUGGAUUCCCUGCUGAUUGGAUGGAAGCCACCCAGAGACCCUCAAAACCACACCUACACUUAUUGUGUCUGCUUGAUCGACUGUGCCAUUAUCAAUGAAAGCCUGUUUCUUAAGGAAGGGUUGAAAGGAGGGACGAUGUACACAAUUGAAGUCAGGGCCAUUAUCAAGAGCAACGUUUAUGGCAACGCGAAGACCAUGAAUGUCAUCACAGCUCCCAACAGCCCUAAGAAUAUCACUGUGGAAUGUUACAGCCCUCAUCAACUUUCCAUGGCCUGGAAGCCACCCAAAGACCCGAAUGCAACGGACUAUUUAUACAGAAUCAGCUGGUGGAGGGAAGACAGGACACAAGUGGGCAACUGCUCCAUUCUGGAUUCCAAUUACACUCUUCGCAGUUUGAAGCCAGGAGUUCUGUACCUGGUGAAGGUGAUCUCAGAUUUCAGUGGGAUUUUGAGCACAGCCGCAGAGCAGUGGACUCUAACGCCCCCACUGCCACCAACCAAUUUCCGCAUCCAGAUGAUCAAUCAAACCAUGGCUCAGUUUGCCUGGGUGAACCCGAACUCUCCAUUCAGUGCCAUCCGACUCCAGUGGAACACUUCAGAAGCCAGAGGAAAUGAAACAUACCCCAAGUCUUUGGGCCAAGCUGUGCUGUACGGUCUCACUCCCAGCACCAAUUACACCUUCACCAUCUUCAGCACAGCUGGAAAUUCUUCCCUGUCCAGAGACAGCAUUAGCCUUCACCAGCAAGCAGCCACAAAGCCAGAACAAGUAAGUGAUUUGAAAUGCGUCCCUUUGCAACAUAGCUGGAGUCUGAAUUUAUCCUGGACCUGUCCAAGCAGCGCUGUUAGUAAAAUUGUGGUCCUUGUGUCAGACCGAGCCUGGAGAAAUGAGUCAAAUUGCAGUGAACCCGUGGUGAUUCAAGGACUUCAGCCUGCCAAAGUCUACCAAAUUAAAAUAAAAACAUUUUGGUACAACCAAUACGUAGUCUCAGACCCUGUGGAGUGCUCCAUCGAUACUACAGUGGCUCUCCUUGGAUCCCUUCUUGCGGUGCUGUUUUUCUUGGUCAUCUUUUGCUUCCUGUUCUUCGGUUUCAGGAGACUCAGAAGGACAGAUGUCUUGGAGCAGCAGAAUACAGACAUGAGCUUACCUCGGUAA